AUGCAGAGUGCUGUUUCUGGUUUGAACAGAGGCCUAGCGGCUAAUGAGGAUGACCUACGAAAUGCUGAAGCUGCAGCAAAGGAUCUGGAGUCAGCUGGAGGUGCAGUGGACCUGUCUACAGACAUUGAUAAGCUGCAAGGCAGGUGGAAAUUGAUUUACAGCAGUGCUUUCUCAUCUCGCACUCUUGGGGGUAGCCGCCCUGGACCACCCACCAGAAGACUUCUUCCUAUUACUCUAGGUCAGGUAUUCCAAAGGAUCGAUAUUUUUAGCAAAGACUUUGACAACAUAGUGGAGCUUGAAUUGGGGGCUCCAUGGCCUUUGCCCCCGCUAGAAGUCACUGCCACCUUAGCCCACAAGUUCGAAGUUAAAGGUACAAGGGGGGUCAAGAUAACAUUUGAGAAGACAACCUUGAAGACAACGGGGAACUUAUCUCAGCUGCCCCCAUUAGAUGUUCCCCGUUUACCGGAUGCCCUAAGGCCACCGUCUAAUACGGGGUACGGUGAGUUUGAGGUUACGUAUUUGGAUUCUGAUACGCGUAUCACUCGGGGAGACAGGGAAGAAUUGAGGGUUUUUGUUAUUGCUUGA